AAUAAUUUGAAGAGAAUUAAAAAAAUACGAAAAAAGUUUGUCAAUUCUUUCGGUUUUUAGCAAAAUUUCUUGUGUAAAUAAAAUUUUUAUUAGAAAAUAUGCGAAUAUUUGGGAAGCUCCUACAGACUUUACGGCUGUCUAGACGACAAUCCAACUUCAAGCCGCGUCGCUAUGCUUCAACCCUCAGCUACCUUAAUUUUGCUCGCCGACCAUCCUUCAAUAAUCGCGCUUUCAAAAACGUUACCGUGCGCUCUAUGGGCUCUAAAUCUGGUUCAUCGAGCAAGGGGAGCAAGUCGAGCUUAGCCAGCAUAUUACCAGUGGCCUUAAUACAAUCGAAAUCUCCAACUACUUCGACGAAAAUCAUGUUAAUUCCACUUCACUUUUUUGACGGAGAUGAUGAGGCCAACAACAGAGCAUUGAAAACCCUUUCGAUAAUACGGGAACAUGCUAAGCAAAUUGAAGCAUUUACAGAAAAUGUGUUGGACGCAACAGAUUCCCAUGAACACCAUGUGCCACUUGCGGGUAAUAAUGCUAACAAAGCUAUGCUAGAACAAUAUACUGGCCAAGACGAUGUCACGUUAGGGACUCAUGACGAAGACGCUUCAAACUCAACAGUUUUUCAAGAUUCUCACGAGAACAGCAAUAUUUCACUUUACGAGAAGCUGGAGCGUGCUGUUGCCGAACAAGAAAUAAAUCGCACGGCUGCGCAUGAUUGCUUUGAAGCUGCAGCUUGGAACACCAAACGGAAUUUGGUCGUGUAUGUGCCAGAUAAUCUCGAAGAAAAACUAAAGCAAAUGGCAAUAGCUUCAAUGCAACUGGUCUUUGAGAUGGACAUGAGCAAUAUUCAAGAUGCCAUAUUUCGCAGUGCAGCCUUAGAAAAGAUCAACUUGUUUAAGCCUCCAACACCGAAGACACUGGAGGAUCCCACUGUGACAAUGAAAGCAAGUCUGGAUAUGGACACAUCAGAAACGACAGGCACGAUCCCACUUGAUUUCAAUGCAAUGAUUCAAGGUACUGUAGAAAUCGAUCCAUCCAAAUACACGCCCAAUGAUCUUGGAGAGAUCAAGGUGCCGGAAUUCAAUGAAAGCGUAACAACAAUAGCGGCUAAUAUUUGCAGUACCGCCUUACAGAAGGGGUUUCCAGCGGAUAUCAGUCGAAUGUCCUAUUCCACAAAAUCACCAGCCGAAUGUGAGGAUGGUAAGGAGAGCCCGAAACGUAAUCCACACAUUGUUUGUGUACGUGAAGGUUCAAAGGGGUGCAUUUCGCCUGGUAAUGCUGAGUAUCCGAAUUUCGUGCCACGAAGCGGUACUGAUGCAGUAGUUGGCUCGGAAGAAGCUACCGAGUCUGAUAAGGCUUGCAUUUCUUCUGAGAUUUCUUUACUUAAAUCUUCCGAAAUAAUCGACAGUUACACUUCACGUGGACUUAUGAGUUGUAAGGCAUAUGCGAAGGCACUAAUUGAAGCCACGAAACGACGUGCCGAGAUGGCUAAGAAAAAAUCUGAACCGAACGAUAAAUGUAAAUCUCAUAAAAAGGAGGCGAUUAAGAAGAAGGAUAAAUGCGGGGAUCCGAAGAAUAAUCCCUGCACCAAGCCUUUGGUAGACGAGUGCGGAAAUGAACUAAAGAAGGAUUGUCCAACUAGAAAGAAGAAGGAGAAAAAAGGCGAUCCAUGCAAAGGUAAGGAUGAUCCUUGUAAAAAGGCAUCCAGCAAAGGCAAAGGCAAAGAUAACUGCACUACUCCGGGCGUACCGCAACCCUGCGCAGGAAAGAAACAAAAAAAGAAACCUAGCGACGGCAAGAAGAAGAAGAAUAUUUGCGGCAAUGACGAAAAUACUGGUAAUAGAUGUAAUAGCGAGUCAGACGCUUGCAAAAUAGAGAAAGAGUGUCCAAAGCCCAAAAAGAAGAAAUGCGAUUUGGGCGAUCCGUGCAAGGAUCCAUGUCUAAAUGUCAACGAUAGGCCUGAUAAGAACAAGAAAGAGUUUUCCUCUGGAAAAGAUAACAAAUUGGAAUCUACGAAGAGUCUUUGUGAUAUGGAAAAGUCCGUUUCUCCAACAUCGCUGAGUGCAAUGUCCACAAGGAAAUGCAAAAGCGCCGCUGAUAUAAAGCAGACCGAAAGCAAAUGCACGUCCACGGGGAAAAAAGAUAACAAGAAGUCUGGCUCGUCUGACAGCGAAUGUAAGCCAUUUAACAGUGUUUCGAGCAAAAAAGCCAAAUCAAAAUGUGGAUCUGAAGGAAAGUUGGAGCAAAAAGCGAAAAACAUUUGUGAUGUCAAAAAGCCAACCGAAGUUAAAUCCAAAUCAUCCGCCAAAGAAGAGUGUAAGCGUUUUGAGGGCAUUUGCAAAAAUAAAAGAGAUAAGUCCCCAUGCUCAGCCGAAAAGCAGGCACCUAAAAAGACCACGGACACAUGUUCAUCAACCAGAAGCAAGUCUAAAACUAAAUGCAAAACUAUUAAGAAUCUAUGCGACUUGAAGAAAUCAAAAUCGUGCGACGCAGUGCACAAGAAAACCGUCUGCAAAACAAAGGACGAAUCCAAGACUAAAUCCACCAAAAGUAUUUGCGAAGAGAAAAAGACGAAACCGGAGGGCGCCUGCAAAUCAAAGGACGACUCUAAAAGCAAGCCCGCUAAAAUUCAAUGUGAUGCAAAAAAGUUGAAGCCGUCGGAGAGUGAGUCGACUCAAUGUAAGUCCCAAAAUGCAUCGUCGAAAGGUGACACGAAAGGAGAGUGUCAAAAAAAGAAAUCAACUGCUCCCAAUUGCAAAACCAAACCGGGCUCUGGUGCCAAGAAAUACAGUACUUUUGGAAAUACCAACACGAUUGUUGACAUUUUCCCUAUUAAGCGCUUUUUCAGUAGCGUUCCCAUGUCCUCUGUUCCUCGCGGCUUUAUUUCUUGGAGACGUCUUAGUUCCAAAAAGAGUUCUAAAGGGAAGAAGAAGGGAGGCAAAAGCGAUGCUUCAUGUAUGAAGAGUGUAAUGAAAACAAAAACAAAACGCAUUGAUAAACUCGAACGAAGAAAACCAAAAAACUGCUUUACCGAUCCCGACGACUGCCAAGAAAAGCUUUGUAAAGAUCCUGCAAAAUCGGAUUGCGCUACACACAAAAAGGAAAAUAAGAAUCCCACACCUCUCAGCUUAAGAUCACGCUUGCAAAUUAUCGGUCCAGUUUUUAUGUUAAACAAAAGAAGUUUUGGAUCGAAUUCUUGUAAGGAAACCGAUACUCGAUGCUACGAUGAUACCAAACGAAACUACGAAUAUAGAAAGGAAAGGAAUUGUGAAGAAAAUACUGAUGACGAUGAUAAUGACACAAGUCUGUUGAAUGAAACUAGAAAUGAAGUGAUUAGAAUAAUGGAACCAUGCACGGUCGAAAGAUGUUUAGAAGCAAUACCGAGUUUCAGUGAAUACGAUAUCCUGGUACGCACCGAGGCAGUGGCGCUUUCAGGAUCAGACCUGCAUUACUAUGAAACCGGUGGUAAGUCUUAUCCCGGCAUGACGCUGGGUCACGACGCAACGGGCAUUGUGCAAGAAGUUGGCUGUUCAAUAACGAAAAUUCGACCAGGCGAUCGAGUUGUACUUGAAUCGGGUCUGGCUUGUGGAAUUUGUGACUAUUGCAAGAAGGGUUGCUACAAUAUUUGCAAUAACCUAAUAUUCAAUGGCUUUCUACGCAAAUAUCAAGUACAUCCUGCAGACUUAUGCCAUAAAAUUCCGGACGAUGUCGAUACGAUCGAAGCAACUUUGACGCAAACCUUGGCGCUUGGAUGCCAGGCAUGUUUCAAGGCACAGAUUCUACCUACUACAAAUGUGCUAGUCAUCGGCGCUGGCUCCACAGCCAUUUCGACAGCACUCUGUGCACGUGCCAUCGGCGCGGGUAACAUUUGUGUAGCGUCCACUCUGAAAGAACCUCUGGAAACAAUUGAGAAAACUUUUAACUUUAACUGCUUGCAUUACGAAGCAGACAUGCAGUACUGUACGAUACUGGAAUGCUUGUACAGCGUUCUACACGAUUGGCCCGAUGCCGUCAUUAACUGUGCUAUUUCAGAGAAGACAAUGAACUUAUCAGUGAUGGCACUGAAGCCGUGUGGCGUAUGCGUCUUAGCUGAGUGCGAUGCAGAGUGUGCCUGCUUUAAUGCAAUGGACGUUCUUAUGAAGAACCUUAAAUUGAUUCCAAGUUUUAGGUCGAUUAAUAUGUUCCCUACGGCACUGCACUUAAUUGAGGAUGGUAAGGCGCCUAUUGGUCGACUGAUUGCGAACGUAUUCCAAUGGCAAGAAGUUGAACAUGCUUUUCGGAAAGCGCUGCACGAGUCGAAUGUUGGAAAUAGAAAAGUAAUCGUAAGAUGUGCGGAACCAGAAGAAGACGAAACAUUCAAGAAGGAAGAUUGCAAAACUUAGUUCAAUAUUUAAAAAAAAAUUAUUUUCAGUUAUAAAACGAUAUACCUACAUAAGUAAAAUUGUAUUUGUGCUAUCUUAUAUAGGUUGUUCUCUUUUACAAUCUUAAAAUAUAAUUAAAAAAAUCUAACAAGAUAUCA